ACGCAUGCGCUCUGAUGAACCCGGAACUGGACUCAGCGGGGCCGAGGACUGGACUGUUUUUAUCAGAGAAACUACUGAUAAAUGAAGAUGCAGCUACACUUCAUCAAAGAUGUUUUGCCGGAUUCGGUCAGCGCCGACUUUCACAAUCUGAACAAAUUCAACGAGCAGCAAUUUCUUCGUCUGAUUGAAAUUCUGUUCCAGUUCCUCCUGGAGCCUAAAGAGACGGAGCGGUUCAUGCAGCAGCUCGCUGAGUUUGCAGGGGAACACGGGAUGAGUGCCGGGCCUCUGAGAAACUUGAUAAAGAGCGUCCUCCUGGUACCGCAAGGAGCCCUGAAGAAAAACCUGUCAGCCGAGCAGAUCAAAGAAGACCUGCUGACGUUAGGACUGAGCGAGGACAAGGCGACUCACUUUUCACAGCAGUGGCGGGAGCACCAUGCAGCUCUGUCCAGACGUGCCCUUGGACAAACUCUGAUGGUCAACCAGCUUCUUGACAUGGAGUGGAAGUUUGGAGUGACUGUUGGCACCAGUGAACUUCAGAAAGUCAGCAACAUCUUCCUGCAGCUGAAACUGGUGGUCAGGAAGGGCAAUUCAACUGAAGACGUCUACAUGGAACUGACGCUGCCUCAGUUUUACAACUUCCUACAUGAGAUGGAGAGAGCCAAGGCCAGCAUGGAGUGUUUCAGCUGAGUUUGUGUGUAUGUGUGUGUGUGUGUGUGUGUGUGUGUGUGUGUGUGUGUGUGUGUGUGUGUGUGUGUGUGUGUGUGCGUGCGUGCGUGCGCGUGUGCGUGUGCGUGCGUGUGUGUGCUCCUGUGAUGCUCUAGCUGCUGAGGAGUGUGUUAAAUCUAAUUAAUUAAUUUCCUGACUGAAGCUAAACACAAAAACAGAUGUUAUUAUUUACCGCAAAACUUUUAUAUUCUUAAAUAUGCCAAUAAACACAAACAAAAAGA